UCCUCUCAGGCGGGAGCUAGGGGAGGAGGCAGAGCCAGCAGUCCACGCCCUCCCGCCGACAGCACUCCACCAAGGCGCGCGGCCACUCGACCGGUCUCCUGGAGCGCGGCUGUCACGGUGGGCCUACAGCUCGGGGCGCCAGGGACAGCUGUCCAUACAAAACCGAAGGACCGCAGUUGGACGGCAGGGUGACGGAACCCGGCGCGGGUACAGUGCUGAGAGGAAAAAAAGUAUAAUUUUGAGCAUUCAGAAGGCAACCAGACAUGUCCUUGGAUGACAUUAAGAUGAAAUCCAGUGACUUCCUGGAGAAGGAAGAUCUGGACAGCGGAGGUUUUGGGAAGGUGUCCUUGUGUUUCCACAGAACCCAUGGAUUAGUGAUAAUGAAAAAGGUGUACACAGGGCCCAAGCGCACUGAGUACAAUGAGUCCCUCCUUGAGGAGGGCAAGAUGAUGAACAGACUGAGGCAUAGUCGGGUGGUGAAGCUCCUGGGCAUUAUCAUUGAAGAAGGAAACUACUCCCUGGUCAUGGAGUUUAUGGAGAAGGGCAACCUGAUGAGUGUCCUGAAAUCCGAGAUCAGCAUCCCACUUUCUGUAAAAGGAAGGAUAAUUGUGGAGACCAUUGAAGGAAUGUGCUACUUACAUGGAGAAGGUGUGAUACACAAGGACCUGAAGCCUGAAAAUAUCCUUGUUGAUAAUGACUUCCACAUUAAGAUAGCAGAUCUUGGUGCUGCUUCCUUUAAGACGUGGAGCAGACUGACUAAAGAGGAGCACAAUGAACUGAAGAAAGUGAACAGCACCUGUAAGAAAAAUGGAGGCACCCUCUUCUACAUGGCCCCAGAGCACCUGAAUGACAUCAAUGCAAAGCCCACGGAGAAGUCUGACGUGUACAGCUUUGCCAUAGUACUUUGGGCAAUAUUUGCAAAUAAGGAGCCAUAUGAAAAUGCUCUCUGUGAGCAGCAGCUGAUAGUGUGCAUCCAGAAUGGGAAUAGGCCAGACAUAAGCGACAUCAAGCACUGCCCACCGGAGGUCAUUGGACUCAUGGAGCUCUGCUGGGAAGAAAAUCCAGAAGCUCGGCCAACAUUUCCUGGCAUUGAAGAAAUAUUUAAGCCUUUUUAUUUAAAUCAAUUAGAAGAAAAUGUAGAAAAUGAUGUGAAGAGUUUAAAGAAAGCGUAUCCAGACCAAAAUGCAAUUGUGAAGAGAAUGGAGUCUCUCCAACUUGAUUGUGUGGCACUACCUCCAAGCAGGUCAAAUUCAGCCACGGAGCAGCCUGGUUCCCUGCACAGUUCCCAGGGACUCGAGGUGGGCCCUGUGGAAGAGUCCUGGUUUGCUCCUUCCCUGGAGCACCAGCAAGAAGAGACUGUCCCCAGCCUGCAGAGUAAACUCCAGGAGGAAGCCAACUAUCACCUUUAUGGCAGUCGCAUGGACAGGCAGACGAAACAGCAGCCCAAACCAAAUGUGGCUUACAACAGAGAGGAGGAAAAGAGACGAAGGGUGACCCAUGACCCUUUUGCACAGCAAAGAUCUUAUGAGAAUGUUCAGAAUGCAGGGGUAAAAGGCCUUGCUUACUCUAGUGCACCCAAUCAUGGUAAUGCAAUGCACCAGCCAUCGGGGCUAACCAGCCAGCCCCAACUAUUCUGGAACAAUGGAUUAUAUAAUCCACACUGUUUUGGAAUAGGACCUUUGGAUCCAGGAACAGCAGGUCCAAGAUCUUGGUAUGGGCCAAAUUUAAACCAUGCGUCUAGUCUAUACAAGACUCCAGUGCCUGAGACCAACCUGCUAGGAAACACACCCACCAUUCCAGUCACCACCCUCCUGCCAGACGAGUCUUUAAAAUGCACCAUAUUGAACAGUACUGGCGUUCAGAUUGGAGUCUACAAUCAAAUGGAGAUGGGUAGAGUGGGUUCAUCACUAUCAGACAGCAUGAACUUGACAGAGGAGCCACCUUCUAAGUACCAACGUAUCUUUGAGAAUACCACUACUCUGACUGAUAAACACCUGGAACCUGUCAGGGAAAAUCUGGGAAAGCAAUGGAAAAACUGUGCCCGUAAACUGGGCCUCACUCAAUCUCAGAUUGAUGAAAUUGACCAUGACUAUGAGCGAGAUGGACUAAAAGAGAAGGUUUACCAGAUGCUCCAAAAGUGGCUGAUGAAGGAAGGCAGCAGGGGAGCCACAGUGGGAAAGCUGGCUUACGCACUCUACCUAUGUUACAGAAAAGACAUUCUGACUCAGUUGAUCAGAGUGAGCCAGAACUAAUGCUGGAGGGGCAUGGGCAGAAGCAGACUCAUCAUUUAAGGAUAACCCAUGGCAAAUUUGCACUGCCUCAGAGAGUUCAGAACUCGUCCUCACUGAAAUGGUUCUCUGUGUGCAUAAAUAUUUCCUGCAUAUCAUAGCUGGAGAAAGAAAUCUGCAUCAAACAAUCCACUUUUAGGAAAAUAUGAACCUCUUCAUGUCCCAGCACUAUAAAUGACCUGCAAGAUUAUUUUCUUUCAGCUCAGCCCAUAACCUACAAUUGUGCUACUCAUUCAGUUUCCUGGAGUUUUAUUUGCGCAAGAAAAAAAAUUCAGAGGACAUAAACAAAUCGACUUUCUUAUUUUGUCCUCUUUUUUUCUAGGCUCCUGCUACAACCAAAGUACUGUAAAAUUCUAUGUCUUGUGCAGAAUUUUUUGAUAUUAUAACUGUAAUUCUUUAGGAUCUCAAUGUCAAUAUCAAGUGCUAUGUCAUUCACUACAGGCUUUAAGAAUUAUAUGCAAUCUCCAUUCUAUUGUUAUAUAUUAAUUUUUUAAUUAAUUGAUUUACAUUUAGUUAAUUUGUAAAUUAGCUGAAGGGACUUUUAUGGAGGGGGAAAAUGGGGGGGAAGCCAUCUGCAUUUCUCAGGCAGUUGUUGCAAUGAAUUGCUACUAAUCGUGACUACUACAAAAAUUCUUGAUUGAUUUUUUUAAAGUACUUUCCUAGCAUUCUGAUGCUUUCACUUAGUCUGGGGAUCCUAAAGAGGGAACAGGUAUGCAGGAAAUAUUGAUCUUUAAAUGUUUGGGGAUGAUGGCUGUUGAGCUGCUAUCCAAAUGUACUACAAUAACAUUUUAAUUUUUUUCUGUGUGCCACAGAGUCAAAAAGAUGGCUUCUGAAUCUUCAGCAUUUAAUCUUGCAAAGCCAACCCAAAACCUAGGGGUUGAUGAAGGAACUAAAAGAGUAGAAGACUAAAGCCAGGUGGGCCAUCUGACAUCUCUGCUGGCACUUUACUAAACAGAAAGGGAAUGGGCUGGGUGUGGUACCUCAUGCCCAUAAUCCUAGCACUCUGGGAGACCAAGGUGGGUGGAUUGAUU